CCAACGGUCUGUAAAAAUUGCAAACUACAGACUCCAACGGUCUGUAAAAAUUGCAAACUACAGACUCCAACGGUCUGUAAAAAUUGCAAACUACAGACUCCAACAGUCUGUAAAAAUUGCAAACUACAGACUCCAACGCUCUGUAAAAAUUGCAAACUACAGGCUCAAACGCUCUCUAAAAAUUGCAAACUACAGACUCCAACAGUCUGUAAAAAUUGCAAACUACAGACUCCAACGCUCUGUAAAAAUUGCAAACUACAGACUCCAACGCUCUGUAAAAAUUGC